CCCCACUUGAAAUUUUAAACCUCUCUCACCCACAAACCUUAGUCAUUUCCUCUGUACUUAACCUUUUUGCUUACAAUGGAAGGCAAAGAUCAAAAAGAGUUACAGCUACUCCCUAAUCCAUACUCAUCUGUACGAUCUUCUUCUUCCUCAUCACACAUGUCAUCUCGUCCGUUCGAUCCUUCUUCGUUCAGAUAUCGAUCAUCAUCAUCAUCAAGAACUGUGUCUGAUCCCUAUGAAGCCCCAGCACUGGACCUGCAGUUAUCAAUAAGCGUUAGGCCAAUCCAACAAGCCUCGGAUUGUGUUCUUGGAGGCCCCAUUUGCGGCUACGAUGACGAUGAAGUGAAGCCGGAGACAACAAAGACUUGUGUCGAGGCAAUGAAAUGGCAAGCGGCGGAGCAGAUUCGAUUGGCCGCGAUAGAGAAGGCUUAUGCAGAGAGGGUGAGAGAGCUUACAAGGAGAGAAAUGGAGAUUGCACAGUCUGAGUUCGCACGUGCAAGGCACAUGUGGGAGAGAGCUAGAGAAGAAGUAGAAAAAGCUGAGAGAAUGAAGGAAAGGGCAACGCUGCAGAUAGAUUCUACGUGCAUGGAAAUCACUUGCCAGUCUUGCAGACAAAGGUUUAGGCCUUAGUGCUCAAUGAUAUAUAUAUGGAUUUCGGAGUAUUCAUGAAAAACCCGAGUUUGUUUUGAGUGGGAGUUUCGUGCACUGAGUACUUUUUUUUUUUCUUUUUCUUUUUUCUUCUUUCUUUUUAAUGUUUAUGCAGAUCUGGGUAUUGGGUUUCUGCAAUUUGGUCUUAACAAAGUCAUAUAUAAGGUUAAAGAUAAAGCAAGCAAUAAAAGUGGCAGAAGCUAGAACUUGGUGAUC